UCAUAUAGGAAAAUAAUUUUAAGUUAGUGUAUGAAAUAACAGCAAGACAUUUUAUAGAAUAUAUAAAAUUUUAAACCAUCUGUGGUAUAAUCAAAUGAUGAUUCUGUAAUCUUCUAAUGUAAUAGUGGGAACAAAUUUACUAGUAGCCAUCUUAUGUGGGUCGUAACUGAACUUAAAACACUUCCCAUUCCAAAACAGCGACAAACAACUUCACCCAGAGAACAUCAAACAUUUACAUUCUCUGCUUCACCAUUGUUUAUAAUAAAUCUUAUUAAUACUGAACGGUAAAAUGUCGCAAACCGAAGGACGUGUUUUUACUGAAGCUGAAAAAGCACGCAUGGAACGUAACCGCAUAAAAGCUUUACAUCUCAGGCAGGCCAAACUAGUUGCAUAUCCUUAUCGAAAAAAAAAUGGAAGUUCAAACACCGACCAAGAUUCAAUAAUAAAAGUACAGGGCACUAAAUAUAUUGAUAGUGGAGGUGGCUUUCUGUUAGAACAACCCGUUAUUAAAUCAGCGGUAACUUCGGAAACCAUAGAAAAUGGAACUAGAGGUUCUAAUACAGACAUCGUUAAAGUUUCCAAUGAUGCAAUUAACAUACCAGUAAACUACGAGGAAUGUCUGGAAUGUGGAGAUGCUUUUGUAGAAUCUUAUUUGUUUAGCAAUUUUGGUGAAGCUAUCUGCGACAAAUGUCGCGACCCUGAUGGUCGUCACUCAUUGAUUACCCGUACCGAAGCUAAGGCUGAAUAUUUGUUGAAGGACUGUGAUUUUGACAAACGUGAACCUCCAUUACGAUAUAUAAGCCGAAAAAACCCGCACAAUGUUCGGUGGGGAGAAAUGAAACUUUAUCUUUUAAUGCAAGUUGAAAAGCGCGCAAUGGAUGUUUGGGGUACUGAGGAAGAACUGAGCCGCCAACAUGAACUUCGUGAAGAAAAGCGUGAAGUAACUAAAGUGAAAAAAUAUAAUAAACAAAUGAAACAGUUGCGUAUGGAAAUUCGAAGCAGCUUAUUUACAAAGAAGACGAAAUCGACUCAUGAACAUGAUUUUGGCCCCGAUACGUACAAUGAGCAUGACGAUAAUUAUACACACACCUGUAAAACGUGCUCCUUCACAGAAACCUAUGAGAAAAUGUAGAACAUUUAUUAUGAUCAUACAAGUAUUAAAUUAAAUAAAAAUUAUUUCCUUAUUAAA